AUGCCGCUAGUUCGCUACAGGAAGGUGGUCAUCCUCGGGUACCGCUCUGUAGGGAAGACAUCUUUGGCACAUCAGUUUGUGGAGGGCGAGUUCCUGGAAGGCUAUGAUCCUACAGUGGAGAACACUUACAGCAAGAUAGUGACUCUUGGCAAAGAUGAGUUUCACCUACACCUGGUGGACACAGCAGGGCAGGAUGAGUACAGCAUUCUGCCCUAUUCAUUCAUCAUUGGGGUCCAUGGUUAUGUGCUUGUGUAUUCUGUCACCUCUCUGCAUAGCUUCCAAGUCAUUGAGAGUCUGUACCAAAAGCUACAUGAAGGCCACGGGAAAACUCGGCUGCCGGUGGUGCUAGUGGGAAACAAAGCAGAUCUCUCUCCAGACAGGGAGGUCCAGGCAGUUGAAGGGAAGAAGCUGGCAGAGUCCUGGGGUGCGACAUUUAUGGAGUCAUCUGCUCGAGAGAACCAGCUGACUCGAGGCAUCUUCACCAAAGUCAUCCAGGAGAUUGCCCGGGUAGAGAAUUCCUAUGGGCAAGAGCGCCGCUGCCGGCUCAUGUGAGCCCUCAGGCAUUGGGUAGCUGCCUUGAUUCUGCCCCUGGCACUUGCCAGGCUCCAGGGGGUAUAGGCCCUUAGGACUUCACGGGUAUGGUUGCCAGCUGUGUCCCUGGUCCUCUGGUCACACAGUGUGGUACCCUCAUGUUUGCACACUUUUCCAGGCUCUAAUGGCCUGGUUGUCAAUGUUUACAAUGGGGCAAGGAUGUCUCAUGGGACUGGCCUCUAGUCCUCUGUUUUUGCUAAAUGAAUUGUUAUAACCUGCAGGGUUGGGAUACGAGUCCUAAGCAUUGUUUAUUUAGGACCCUGUCUUCUGUGCAGGUUUUGGGCGUUGGCUGGGUGAGGGGAGCUGGGGAUUCCUGAAGUGGAGCUGGCUCCCUA